CGGGGCGACGGCAGCGGCGGCGGCCUGAAGCCUGAGGGGCGGAGACGCGGCGGCGGCGGCGGCGAUGCUGGAGACCCUGCGCGAGCGGCUGCUGAGCGUGCAGCAGGAUUUCACCUCCGGGCUGAAGACUUUAAGUGACAAGUCAAGAGAAGCUAAAGUAAAAAGCAAACCAAGGACUGUUCCAUGUUUGCCAAAGUACUCUGCUGGUCUAGAAUUACUUAGCAGGUAUGAAGAUACAUGGGCUGCACUUCACAGAAGAGCCAAGGAAUGUGCAAGUGCUGGAGAGCUGGUGGACAGCGAGGUGGUUAUGCUUUCGGCACACUGGGAAAAGAAGAGGGCGAGCCUGGUCGAAUUACAGGAGCAGCUCCAACAGCUUCCCGGCUUACUAGCAGAUUUAGAAUCCAUGACAGCAAACCUGACUCACUUAGAGGCUAGCUUUGAGGAAGUCGAAAACGACCUGUUGAAUCUGGAGGAUUUAUGUGGACAGUGUGAAUUAGAAAGAUACAAACAUAUGCAGUCCCAACAAUUGGAAAAUCACAAGAAAAAUAAGAGGAAGGAACUCGAAACCUUCAAAGCUGAACUCGAUGCCGAGCACACCCAGAAGGUCCUGGAAAUGGAGCACGCCCAGCAAGCGAAGCUGAAGGAGCGGCAGAAGUUUUUCGAGGAGGCCUUCCAGCAGGACAUGGAGCAGUACCUCUCCACAGGUUACCUGCAGAUAGCGGAGAGGAGAGAGCCCAUGGGCAGCAUGUCGUCCAUGGAAGUGAACAUCGACAUGCUGGAGCAGAUGGAUCUGAUGGACAUCUCUGACCAGGAGGCCCUGGACGUCUUCCUGAAUUCCGGCGGCGAAGACAACAUGGCACCAUCUCCGGUCUCAGGGCCCGCCUCGGGGGUCGGUCGGCACGACAUCGUUCUCCAGGUCCCAAGGGCCGCUGAAUCCCAAGCUCUGCGGCCUUCCUCGCCAUCCGUCUGCCCCGAGCUGGCUGCCCCAGCCCCCCACGACCAUGGCGAGUCCCCUGUUGUCCAGUCUGACGAAGAGGGCGUGGAGGUGGACACAGCCCUCGCCACGUUACACACGGACGACAGCGACUCCUAGGUCUGCACGCUCCUGCCGUCCGUCCCCUCACUGUGCAGGCGGGUGGUUCUUACCCAGUUCGCCAGUAAUGUGUGAGAAACUAAGAACAGCUGACAAUAAAGUUCAUACGGAAGGGCUUCUAACCAGAUCCGUCCUUCAGGCCUUGGGG